AUGGCGCCGUCGCCAGUCUAUCCUGUCCACCUCCUCCUCCUCCUCUCUGCCAUUGUCGCCGGCACCGCGGCCACGGAGACGACGGUCCCAAACACCACCACCACGCCGGCAGGCUGCCCGUCCUACCGCUGCGGCCAUGCCGUGGACGUCAGGUAUCCGUUCUGGAUCGACGGCGGCGACGGCACCACCAACGCCUCGUCCCACUGCGGAUACCCGGGCUUGCGCCUCGAGUGCCGGCGCGACUCGCCGGUGCUUCCGUUGCCGUCGGGCGACUACGCAGUGACCCACAUCCAGUACGGCGACAGAACCGUCUCCCUCUUCGACCUCGGCGUCUUCUCCCACUCCAACACCUGCCCGCUGGUCGCCGGACGCAACCUCACGCUCCCGGCCACCGGCGCGCUCUCGCUCACGGCCAGGGACGCCAACCUCACUUUCUUCAUCCACUGCUCCUUUGUGGUUGGCGUCCCGGCCGGGCACCUCGUCGCGUGCCUCGAGGGCGACGGCCGCCACCACUCGUACGUCUUCCGCGACGACGACGACCUCAUGCCGGCGCACGGGCUCGCCGGGGCGUGCCAGGACGUCGUCGGCAUCCCCGUGCUCAGGAGGUCCCUGCUCGGCAGCAGGACGGGCGAGACGGCAGCCGCGCCGGGCCCGCUCGACGCCGUUGUCCCGGCGCUGAACAUGGGCUUCGAGCUCAGCUGGAAACCGGCGACCGGAGGGGAGUGCGGGGGAUGCGAGAAGGGCGGGGGCAUGUGCGGCCACCGGCGGACGGCGGCGAGCGAGCCGUGGGCGUUCACGUGCUUCAGGACUGCCGCGAAUUCUGCUUCAUGGGCGGGGCCGAAAUCUUCAGUCUCGUAUCUUAUCUGUUUAGCACUCAUGUUUUCUUGCAUCGCAUUUUGA